GUAUACUGUACAUUUGGUCCACCCAUGUCUCCGAGAUUACUUUUAAGCAUGGGCUGAUGAAAUUUCGGCUGCAAUCAUCACCCAUGAUCAUCCAUCUUCCGCCAUGGCCCCUAUCCCGUCUGCCCUCGCCUCUUCACCCGAGCAAUAUCAUGCCCUUGGCCUCUCACCUACCACUAUCGAGGUACGGGAAGACGGCCUUCGAACAUCUCCUGAACAAAGAGGCUGCUGGGAGUGGUGGUACUUCGACACGCACCUAGCCAACGGCGCAAAGCUCGUCGUCGUCUUCUUCACAAAAGAUCUUGCGAAGCCAUACACGGGCCUUGAUCCUCGCAUCACCAUCCAACUUGACACGCCCGACGGCCGUAGCUGGGACGUUCGGCGUGUCUUUUCCCCUCAUGAAUUCGCGGCGAGCAAGGAACGUUGCGAUGUGCGCAUAUCAGCUGGCGAGGGAAAAGAGCCCUUUUCUUUCCGAUGCGACGAUAACCUGCAGACCUUUGACAUUUUUGCCAUUGUCGAGGACCUCGAAGUGAGGGUUCGCCUUACGAGGACUACAGAGCCAUGGCGCCCUCGAACUGGGUACCUCGUAUACGGCAAGGAAGAGAAGGAGUACUUUGCCUGGCUGCCGUCAGUCCCGCUGGGCAACGUGACGGCGACUUAUCGAGUGCCUGGCGAGGAACCUGUGACUACCGAGGGUAACGGGUAUCACGACCACAAUUGGGGAAACGUUUCGUUGACAAAGGUCGUCAACCAUUGGUAUUGGGGGCGUGGUACUGUUGGGCCCUACACCUUCAUCUCAGCAUCGAUUGACGCUGAGCGAGCGUACGGCGAUAAAAAACUCAAUGUGUUUAUGCUCGCCCGCGAUGGCUCCAUUGUGGCAGACGACGGAACAAAGGUCGUUUUCACCGCCAGCAAGAUUGCCGUCGAUGCACCGACCAAACGUCCUGUGGCGGAUCUCUUGCGAUUCGAGUACCGUGAUGGCGACGUACGCUAUGUGCUCGACUAUGAGAGGCAGAAGACAAUCCUCCGCAAAAAUCUCAUCGAUACCAUACCUGGGUUUUGGAAAUUCCUGGCUUGGCUGGUCAGGUUCGACGGCCGCUAUCUCAGAUUUUCGGGCGUCUUGAAGCUCAGAAAAUACGACAAGGAAGAGUUGGUUGAAGAGUAUGAGAGUGAGGCUUUGUGGGAGCUCAUGUGGUUUGGAAAGGUCUUCGAACAAGUUGCUGAACACCCAGCAAAUUGAGUUGAGCAGUCGCUCCCUUGAAGGUUUCUUUUCCCAUACUAUUAUCAAACGUUUGCGAUGUAUCAGUUUGUCUUUAUGCAGAAGGAGGUGGUCACGAGUGUUUUUUUUU